CUGAAAAGCAUACGCCGCCGGUGUGCUUGUAAGGUGCUUGUAUGCAAUAGCUGUUAAACUAUCUGGUUAUUUUAUUAACUUCUUUAAUCCGCCAUACUUGAUUUUGGUCUUUGUCUCGAGGGAGGAACACCGGAAAAGUUUUCUUCAUAACGGUUCACAGUUGUCGCAGUCCUUUAGCUCACGCUAAAACGGAGACGGGAUGUAAAUUAAUCCAGACGGGACUAGCCCCUGGAGCCGCUAGCAGCAGUCAGUCACACCCUAGUCUGGGAUUUUCGACUGAUGUUGUCGGAAUAACAUAAAAACGCAUGUUAUGAUGUUUCAUGUAAAUUAAUACUUGUGUAAGCCUUCUGUUUUGAGGCUCCAGGGCAAUAGUUUGACUUUGCUAACUAAAAAGUGUGAGCUGUAUAUGACUGACUCAUCAUCAUGGCUCGGACAGAGGUGAUGACCCUAGCCAGUCUGUCUGCUGCAGUUUCAUCAAGAUAGCCUCAUAACUUGCUACAAAGCUAAGCUAUUCAGCUCCAGUUGUUUUUAUUCUACUAUACCUAAUAGUAAGUGUGGCAUUAUGAAUUCCCCAACCUACACAUUUGUCACGCGUGACGACAACAGUACUGUUUAUGCGGAAGUUUCCAAAAUCCUUCUUGGAACUGGACAGUGGAAGAAGCUAAAAAAGGACAAUCCAAGGUUCAACUUGAUGCUUGGUGAACGGAACAGACUGCCCUUUGGACGUCUAGGUCAUGAGCCAGGACUGGUGCAGCUGGUGAAUUACUACAGAGGAGCAGAUAAACUGUGCAGAAAGGCUUCCUUGGUCAAGCUUAUAAAGACGAGCCCGGAACUGUCCGACUCUCAGAACUGGUUCCCAGAAUCCUAUAUCAUUUAUCCCACUAACCUCAACACCCCAGUUGCUCCAGCUACCAACGGCAUUAGCCAUUUAAAGAGCAACCCUAAGACGGAUGAGCGAGAGGUUUUUUUGGUUUCCUAUCAAAAUAAAAAAGACAGUGGGGAAGGCUCAGUAUGGAUUGCCAAGUCUUCUGCUGGAGCUAAAGGUGCUGGCAUUUUGAUAUCUCAUGAUGCUAAUGAGCUGCUGGAGCACAUCGAUAAUCAGGGACAGGUUCAUGUUAUUCAGAAGUACCUGGAGAAACCUCUGCUUCUGGAGCCAGGACAUCGGAAGUUUGACAUAAGGAGCUGGGUGCUAGUGGACCAUCAGUACAACAUCUAUUUGUACCGGGAGGGAGUGCUGCGUACUUCCUCAGAGCCCUACAAUAGCUCUGACCUCCAGGACAUGACCAGCCACUUAACCAAUCACUGCAUCCAGAAGGAGCACUCCCAGAACUACGGCCGAUACGAAGAGGGGAAUGAGAUGUUCUUUGAUGAAUUCAGGCUGUACCUGCUCAACACUCACAACGUCACCCUGGAGGCUACGAUAUUACCUCAGAUCAAGCAGAUCAUUAAGACCUGUCUGACAUGUAUUGAGCCGACAAUCAGCACCAAGCACCUGUCCUACCACAGCUUCCAGCUCUUUGGAUUUGAUUUCAUGGUGGACCAGAGCUUCAAAGUUUGGCUCAUUGAGAUCAACGGGGCUCCAGCCUGUGCACAGAAACUUUAUUCCGAGCUCUGUCAAGGUAUCGUGGACGUGGCAGUUUCCAGUGUCUUUACUCUCAACAGUGGCUGUGACUCCUCAUCGGCUUCCUCAUCGCCAUACUCUUCCUCCCCGUCCUCCACGUUCACCACCAACUCCUGCUCCUCUCCCAAACUGAGAGGGCCUCUUCACGUGGGUCCUUUCACUCGCCUCUGGACCAGCUGACCCACGCUGACUGUGACGUCACAUUCAUAGCCUUUACAGCCAGCCCACCAAGUGAGGGUACGUGUGCCUGUGGUUACGCAAACUAUUUUGGGGUUCAUACUAAACCAUACUCAAUCAAAAUGGACCACCUGGUGGAAACACGGCUUUUGAGUGUCUCCAUGUUUGUAGUUUACAUCUCACACAAAAGCUAGUUGUACUGAUCACUCAGGUGUAGAGGCACCUGGCUGCAGAAAUCCAGCAUCGAAAUCUGCAUUUACCAACAACUCCUGCUGCUCUCAGCUAUAACUCUAACUAGAAGAGGAGCGGUAGAAAGAGAGAGACGUUUAAAGAAGAAAAAAACAAACAGAUGUAAACAGAGCAAGAAGGACCAUGCUAGCUGUAAAUGUGAGAUUUACAGGAUUACGUUAGCGGUUUAGGAGCCAAACAAAAGCUGGAAAAUGCAAGCAUCUAAAUAAUUGGCAAGAAGUAUGUUGAAAUUCUUCCUUUUUUAAGAUCUGUAACUGCUAUUUCUGUUCAAACAUCCAAAUUGAUCACAAGUGUUGCACCCCAUAAUUUUGAAUUAACUCUUAGUGUAUCUAUCGAUCUAUUGAUAUACCGAUCAGAAGCUGAGACUUUAAUGUGCAUGCUCUUACAGAUGUCUGCAGCUCUGUUCCUUUGCUCUGGUGUGAUCUCUACAGUUUCUUCCACUGACGUGUAGGCAAGUACAAAAAAAAAGCUUAUGGUGCAACUGGAUGCAAACACAAGGUGAAACAGCAGGUAUAUCUUCAGCCUUAUGGCACAGUCACAUUUCCAUUUUUCAAUAUCUGCUGACACGGAUGAUUCACGGUUUCAGCCAUUAUCUGCCCAUAAUAUUGUGCAUCCCUGCUUAGCAUAAAGUUUGAAGUAACUUGUUGAAGAGCGUUGUGUCUGAGCUGGUUAAUUGUAACUGUUUUUGCUUGUUUUCUGAUUCUACCACAGAAAAGAUUUUAGGUUAACAAAGUUUAAAAAAGAUGACAGCUGCAUGUUUUGUGGUGUUUUUAAACUGUGAUGUGUUCGGGGGGGUUAGAUGCUAAUAGUCUAAAGUAUUUCCCCCCCUGCUGUUCCUCUAUUUGAAGCAAAGAACCCGUUUGCGAGGCUUUGCUUCCUUGUGAUGACUAGCAUCAGUUUAGGGAAAUCAUUAUGGAUUUGUUUUCUGUUUUUUGCUAACCAUAUAUUAGUCUCUACCAGACAACUGUGGGAAAGAAAGGAUAUGUAAGUGACUGAGGGUCAGACAGAUGAGGAGGUUAUGGAGCAGGUUAAAAGCAACCCUUUCACCUUAACAGUGAAGUAGAUUGAUCCCUGUAGCCGAGGUCAAUGAAGGUUGGGUUCCUCUGAUGAACAGAGCCCUGCUGUGGCUGAAAUGAAGUCUAAACAUUUAGAAAGGUAUCAGUGUUUGUAGAAAAACUGUCAUGAUUGUACAGGUAAUUAGCUAACAAGUGUUUGCUGAUUUUUGAAGUAUAAAAACUGUCAGUAUUUGUUUAAAUUUCUAGGGAAAAUGUCUUUCUGUCAAAGGGAAGGGUGCCUUAGAGGGAAUUGCAUAUUGAUAACAGGAAGCAAUGACCCUCCUGCAUUUAAAUGCACCUUUAUUCAUUUACUGUAGUGAAUAUGCCUCAUUCCUUGUUUACCUUUUAUUCAUUCAAUGAUGUCAUUUCCUGUCAUCCAGAAUAAUUUGCACACCAGACUUUAUUUCAGAUUUUGUCAGUGUUUCCUUACCUUUACCAAAGACCAAAUUCAUGCUGUAUGAUCCUUGUCAAAUAACCAUGUUUGUUGUUAAGAUCUGGACAUUUAUCUGAAAUUGUACAAGGUCUAAAAGCAGAAGUAACAUUCAGAGGGAUGUCUGUGCUGUUUCUGUAGCUGAUGUGUUUUUUUUUUUCCAGAAGUCUUGCAUGAAUAUUUGUUUCUAUCAGAAACUAGAUUAAAAAGGAGUCUUACUAUUAA